AGAAAAAGAAAUAGAAAAUAUAUAAAGAGCGUUGAAAAAAGCCGAAGCUAACAGUGAAAGCUGGGUUUCAAUAUGUUUUCAAUCUACAACACCGAAGUGCAGGCGGACACAGAGAGGAAGAGAGGGAAAGGAAAGUAAAACAAGUGAAAGCGAAAGAAAGCGAGAGAGAAAAGAAGUGGGACGGAAGAGAGAAACCAUUUCUUUUUUUAUUUUUAUUUUUAUUCAAUUUACUUAUUUUUAGCUUGUUUAGUUAAUAAUAAUAGUAGUCAGUAAUAAGAGGCUUGUUCAAGAGCUUUUCUUUUAAGUCAAAACUCGAACAAGGAAAAAGAAAAUAAUAAUAAUAAUAAUAAUAAUAAUAAUAAUAUAAUAAGAAAACUAAGCGAAAUCAGAAAGUGGAAGACUUGUGCUUAGGAGUUGCGAUCAGUUUAAUCAGCGGAUGAUAUUUCCGAUCGUCGGUGAUCGGAUAUGUUCGUCAGAGGAGGAAGAAGAAGAAGAAGCACCGGUGCAGGUGGCGGAGGAGGGAGGAGGAGGAAGGGGGAGGAAUAGUAGCUCUGGUGGUGGUGAGUCGGUGGUUGGUGAUGAAGAAAGGGAAAGGGAAAAACAACGGCGGCUUGUUGCCGAAUUCACUGAGGAUUAUAUCGUCUUGCCUCAAGACCGUAUCCACGAAUGCCAGCAACGUUGCUUCCACGGUUCGCUCCGCCGGUGCAUCCGUCGCUGCUACUAUUUCCGCUGCUUCUUCCGAGGAUCAAAAGGAUCAGGCUUUGUUGGUGAACAGGUAACCUGGGCUGGUUUUGACAGGCUAGAGCUUCCUUCAUAUGUCUUCAAGCAUGUGCUCUUACUUGGUUAUCAAAAUGGGUUUCAAGUUUUCGAUGUGGAGGAUGCUUCUAAUUUCAGUGAACUGGUUUCUAAGCGUGAUGGUCCAGUAUCAUUCUUACAGAUGCAGCCCUUUCCAGCAACUUCUGAUGGUAAUGAAGGAUACAGAGCAUCCCAUCCACUCUUGCUGGUUGUUGCAGGGGACGACUCCAACAGUUCAAGCAUAGUUCAAAAUGGUAGCCAAUCAGGAGGGUUAGGCAGAAAUGUGAAUACGGAGUCUCAGUUGGGCAACUGUGUCAGUUCUCCUACAACUGUUCAGUUUUACUCCCUUAGGUCUCACUGUUAUGUGCAUGUUCUGAGGUUCCGAUCUGCUGUUUGUAUGGUUAGAUGCAGUCCUCGGAUAGUAGCUGUGGGUCUUGCAACUCAAAUAUACUGCUUUGAUGCGGUCACUCUCGAGAAUAAAUUCAGUGUUCUCAUCUAUCCUGUUCCUCAGCUGUCAGGACAAGGAUCAAUUGGUGUUAAUGUUGGCUAUGGUCCAAUGGCUGUGGGCCCAAGGUGGCUUGCAUAUGCCUCCAAUAGCCCACUGGUGACAAACACUGGUCGUGUAAGCCCACAAAACUUCUCUCCUUCUCCAGGAGUUAGUCCAUCUACAUCACCAGGAGGUGGUAGUUUGGUCGCUCGUUAUGCAAUGGAAUCUAGUAAACAGUUGGCUGCUGUAGGAUACAAAACUUUGUCUAAGUACUGUCAAGAGCUCCUCCCUGAUGGGUCUAAUUCUCCAGUUACAUCAAAUUCAGGGUGGAAAAUUGGCAGGCAUGCUGGAACAGAAAUGGAUAAUGCUGGGAUGGUUGUUGUCAAAGACUUUGUUUCCCGAGCAAUUAUAUCGCAGUUUAAAGCUCAUACUAGUCCUAUAUCUGCAUUGUGUUUCGACCCUAGUGGAACUCUUCUUGUUACUGCCUCAAUAUAUGGAAACAACAUAAAUAUUUUUCGUAUAAUGCCUUCGCGCACUCGCAAUGGGUCAGGUGUUCAGGGCCUUGACUGGAGUACAUCUCAUGUGCAUCUUUACAAGCUGCAUCGUGGAAUAACAUCAGCUAUGAUCCAAGAUAUCUGCUUUAGUAAUUACAGUCAAUGGAUUGCUAUUGUUUCGUCCAAGGGGACUUGCCAUAUCUUUGUCUUAUCCCCUUUCGGUGGUGAUGCUGGAUUUCAACUUCUUAAUUCCCAGGGUGAAGAACCAGCUUUAUAUCCUAUUUUAUCUUUACCUUGGUGGUACACAUCACUGUGCAUCACUAAUCGACAAUCUGUUCCACCACCACCACCUGUUGCACUUUCUGUUGUGAGCAGGAUAAAGUAUAGUAGUUUUGGAUGGCUUAGUACAGUCAACAGUACUGCUGCAUCUGCAACAGGAAAGGUAUUUGUACCAUCUGGUGCUGUGGCAGCUAUUUUUCAUAAUUCUCUAUCUCAGAAUCUUCCGCAUGGUGGCUCAAGGGUUGAUUCCUUGGAGCAUCUGUUAGUCUAUACUCCAUCAGGUCACAUAGUUCAACAUGAACUUCAGCCAUCAAUUGGUGCAGAACCAAGUCAAAGUGGUUCAAAUACCCAGUCAGCUUCACUUAUGCACAUGCAGGAAGAUGAGCUGAGAGUGAAAGUUGAGCCUAUUCAGUGGUGGGAUGUAUGUAGACGAUCAGACUGGCCAGAAAGAGAGGACUGUGUUUUAGGUACUACAUUUGAUAAAAAAGAUGUCGCUGACAAAAUUCAAAAUAAAUCAGGUCCUGACAAUGGUUAUGGACUGGAGUUUCUUGACUUAAAUGGUGGCAUUGGAGGACGCAACUUGGUAGAGAAUUAUCCUGGAAAGUCCCAUGAGAGGUCUCACUGGUACCUAUCAAAUGCUGAGGUGCAAAUAAACUCUCUGAGGUUACCAAUAUGGCAGAAAUCUAAGAUUUGCUUUUAUGUGAUGGAUUGCUCAAGAGCUAAUGGUCUUGCUGGUGGAGAGUUUGAAGUUGAAAAAUUACCUGUUCGUGAAAUCGAAAUGAGACGAAAAGAAUUGUUGCCUGUUUUUGAUCAUGUCCAUAGCACCAAAUUAAUUUGGAACGAAAGAAUACUUGGAGGAAGGUAUCCCAAUUCUACAUUCUCAGAACCUCAUCACGGUGAGGAGAAAAUCAUGGAAGAGACUGUUAUGUGUCACUCAAAGCCUGCAUCACUUAGCUCCACAGAAAGCUCAGAUGGGGGUUCAUCAAGAAGAAUUGAAAAUUUGUUUGAUUUUGACCAAGUAAACUAUGAGAAGUCAUAUGCACCAAUUUCUCCAACUCUAAAUUACCAGGAAAGAAAAGGGAAUGCUGCUGAACCUUCAAUACUAAACCUUGAGUCCUCGAGCAUUAUCUGCACUCCCUUUAUACCUUUGAAGAACAUUGACUCUCAAGUUGACAGAUGUCUGACAAAUGGUUUACCUAUGUCGGGCAGCGAGUUGCCUUCUGUAGGAAGAGUUUCUGGGGAAGGAUUCGCCUCAUCUGUCAUUACUGGUGGGAGCAGUGAGGUUUCAGGUUUAAGUUCUGAUGAACAAGCCUCAAAAGUGAAUGUAACCGUGGAAGGGUCGUCUGUUUUGCCCAAUCCAGUAGAUCUUGGACAGUUUUUUCAGGAGGGGCAUUGUAGGGCAUUGGAGCAUAAUGGGUGCAAUGGGUUAACUGAUGUUGAAACUGAGGAUUUUGAAAGCAGUAGCAAUAGCCAGUGCCAGAGGUUAAAACCCGAGGAUGACGAGGAAAAUGACGAAAUGCUUGGUGGCAUGUUUACCUUCUCUUAAAAAAGUGUGGCAGGUUGAUCAAUAAAUAAUGUAUCUGGAUUCAUGACAUGUUGCACCUUUUUGACAAUCGAAGUGUGAACAUUGUGAAAAACGCGAUAUGCGUGCAACAAGUCAAACUACAACCUUGUCUAGUAAGGUGACUCUCUCUCUCUCUCUCUCUUUCUUGUACAUUUUGUAAAUGGAAAUUCAUAAAUGUUAUGGAGGAUAUUAAGCUUUGGGGCGAGGAGUUGAUUUUUGUAAUACCCUUGGUAGAAGUCAGAUUUGGAUUUGCAUUCUGACUUGUACUUUCUUAUGGAGCUUGUCUGUACAGAUGAAUAUGGCGUGGAACAUGUCUCUCCAAGUUGUAUAAUACUAUCUUCAAGAAAAAGGGAACAAAGAAAUCAAAAAGGAAAAAUGAAUAUGACAUCCUGUUAAGUUUGCUCUUUCUUAUUAAUUUAUUAUUAUUAUUAUUAUUAUUAUUAUUAUUAU